CCUCAGGGCCGCGCUCCUGGGGGCGGCGCGCGGGACCGUGGCGCUUCCGGCAGCGGGAGGCGGCGCCGAGCGGGACCGAGCGGUUCGGGUAGCGGCCGGGGAGGCGGAUCUGGGACGAUGUCUGGGGAAGUGCCACCCAACAUUAACAUCAAGGAGCCUCGAUGGGACCAGAGCACUUUUGUCGGCCGAGCCAAUCACUUCUUCACUGUCACGGACCCCAGGAACAUCCUCCUAACAAACGAACAACUAGAGAAUGCAAGAAAGGUGGUGCAUGAGUACAGGCAAGGAAUCGUUCCUGCUGGCCUCACGGAAAAUGAGUUGUGGAGAGCAAAGUACGUGUAUGAUUCAGCUUUCCAUCCGGACACGGGUGAAAAGAUGAUUCUGAUAGGAAGAAUGUCAGCUCAGGUCCCAAUGAACAUGACCAUCACGGGCUGCAUGAUGACAUUUUACAGGACCACACCGGCUGUGCUUUUCUGGCAGUGGAUAAACCAGUCCUUCAAUGCUGUUGUCAAUUACACCAAUAGAAGCGGAGAUGCUCCCCUCACUGUAAAUGAGCUGGGUACGGCUUAUGUUUCUGCUACAACCGGUGCUGUAGCGACAGCCCUAGGACUUAACGCCUUAACCAAGCGCGUCUCACCACUGAUAGGACGUUUUGUCCCCUUCGCUGCCGUAGCCGCUGCUAACUGCAUUAACAUCCCGCUGAUGAGGCAAAGGGAACUCAAAGUCGGCAUUCCUGUCACUGAUGAAAAUGGCACCCGAUUGGGAGAAUCGACCAACGCUGCAAAACAAGCCAUCACGCAGGUGGUGGUCUCCAGGAUCCUCAUGGCAGCCCCCGGCAUGGCCAUCCCUCCAUUUAUCAUGAACACGUUGGAAAAGAAAGCCUUUCUGAAGAGGUUCCCGUGGAUGAGUGCACCAAUUCAAGUCACGUUGGUUGGCUUUUGUUUGGUGUUCGCAACCCCGCUGUGCUGUGCUCUAUUUCCUCAGAAGAGUUCCAUGCCUGUGACAAGCUUGGAGGAUGAGUUGCAAGCCAGCAUCCAAAGGAGUCAUCCUGAAUUACAGCGUGUGUACUUUAACAAGGGCCUGUGAAGCCAGGAUCAAGCCCUGGAGGCUCCUCCUGCCAUCUGUGAACCUCCCGAAACCACAGCAGUGAGGAAAUCCCAUGUGAUGGGGGCAUUCCCAGUUACAAAAGCCUUUAAAAGAUCUGCAUUAGAGUCAAGCUGCCCCUUGACACAGCACCCAGUGCCAGUCAGGAGCAUGACAUUUGAAUCAUGUUGUAAUUUACAAACAUACCCUUCUGGUAGACUUUAAUGACGCCGUUUUUUUCAAAGCCCUCACCUCGAGCUUUCAAAAGCACUGGUAGGCAUAGCAUAGGUGCUCCAGUUACCAGCUCAGUAAACAUUGGUUGUCAAUGGUUGGAAAGGUCACCCAUUUCAUUCCUACUUUGUUCCACAGAGGCCUCAGCCAUGAACUGGGAAAACACAAAAGGUCUAAGACUAAAUAUACAAGUGUAAAAACUAAGGAAGCUUUGUCUCCAGUUUGGCAGUGGACCAGUCCAAAAUAGAUGGUAACAAAAAUUGAGGUUCAGAGGUAAACACUCCGUCCACAUUCCUGAAGUCAGCCACAGAGCAGGCUAUGAACUCGUCCCUGCAAUUAUCCUGUGUUCACAGUACUGACUUCUCUUGGUUAACUUUUCAGUUUGUCUGGUAUUCUUAUAAAAUUAUUAAUCUGACCUCAAAGGUACUUUAUAAUCAUGAAUUUUCAUCAAAUAAUUAACUGAAAUGCACAAUGCCAGGUUUAGGAUAUAUUCAGUACCAGUGCAGUCUGGUUUGUUGGGUUUUUUAGAUGUGAAACUAUAGUUCCUAGUCCCUAUGUGCCUUUUUCCCCCUUUAUUUCCUUCCUUUUUUUUGUUUUGGUUUUUUUUGUUUGUUUGUUUUGUUUUUUUGCUUUCAUGAAGAUACAAAGAUAAUAAAUGAACAAGUCAGCAACAGUGAAUGUUGUGUUACAUUCCACCCUGUUUGUUUGAAGACCAUGAAAUUACGCAGCAUGUCUGCAUCUCCAUAGUGAUUUUACAUGUUACAUGUUCAGUGUAGCUGAGGUCAUGUUGGAAGUAUGUAGAUGUUCCCUGUCAUAGACAAGCUCCUUGUUACACUGAGUGUAAAUCAUUGUAAUUCAGAGAUUUGUAAGUGAGAAAAAAAAUAUUAGAAACUAUCUAGUUUCUGUAGAUCUUUUUCCUGAUAAUGUGUCCAGAUUGAAUUUCCUCAUAAAGAAAAAAUGGUGUGCCUUGUGUCUGUGUUUCUCUGUUCUCUAAAAGGAUGUAUGGAUCUGAAGCUCCCAUCCCCCCCCCCAUGCUGCUGGAAUCUUCUGUAGUGUUGAAUGCCCAGCCACUUGAAAUGCAAUGGCUUCUUGUGACAUUCUGGCCUUGGACGAGCCUCGUUGCCAUCAUUGCUUCUGUUUAAAUGGUGGUGAGAGCCUGGAGUUCUAGGCAGGGCUCAAAAGAUGCUUAGAGGACAUUUCCGAGCGAAGCUGCAGGCCUUGGGGUCCGCCUCACCCCGCUGGUCACUGAGCUGUUACCCCAGUGUGUGUGGAGCUCUGAGAACGUGGAAACGCAGAUGGGAGACUGACAUACUCCAAGUGUCAGCCCAGGUGUGGUGAGCAGUGAGUAGUGGGUGUGGAGCUGGCUCUUUGAAAUUUGUUUCUAGAAAUUUGGGCUCUUAGUGCUUUUGUAUAGGAAUACUCACUGUGUGGUUUAAUCAUGAUUUAUUUAAAAAAAAAGAAGAAGAAGAAGAAAGACAGAAGAACAAAUGAGUGAAAUUGGCAAUCUUUGCUGAUCUUUUAAAAACACUUCUUUUCUGAAGACAAAGCCACAUGAAGUGCAAUAAGGUUGUAAGGUGACUAGUUAAUAUUUCUCUAAUGUGAGCUAGAGUUGCGUGUGUGACUGACUAGCAGCUAUCAGUAUUAGCGAGGUGUCUUGCCAACGUAAGAGCCAAUGUGUCAUUUCUGUUCAACUGAUGAAGUGUCAAAUAAAUGCAGAAUGAAAAUCAA